AGACCUCAGAUCUUCCACAAGAGAGAGCCAAGUGCUUCGAUUCUCUUUUUCCUUUUACUUCUCUUUCUCUUUCCAUUCCCUACCACUCUUUGCCUUGGGAUUACUAGCUGGUCUAGUACGCACUCAUCGCUCUUCCACUCCUUCAGGAAUACCCAACAUCACAGUCGACCUGUCGAUAUCAACAACAAUGGCUCCUAAGCUCUUCACUCUUGCCAUUGCCAUGCUGGCUGCCUCGCCCAUGGUUAGCGCGCACAUCAACCUGAUGAAGCCGCUUCCCUAUGAUUAUGAGGCGCACAGGCAGGACAAGGGCCCGAUGACGGCCAACGAGUACCCGUGCAAGACGCAGACGUACGCUUUCGACAGCACAAAGAUGGAAGGUAACACCUUCGCGGCGGGAGAAAAACAGCAAGCCGAAUUCGAGGGCAGUGCUGUGCACGGCGGUGGCUCGUGCCAGUUCUCCAUUACGACGGACAAGAAGCCGACUAAGGACUCCAAGUUCAAAGUGAUCGGAUCAAUUGAGGGCGGUUGCCCCGAGAAGCCAGAGGGCUUCACGAUCCCCAAGUCGGUGCCUACCGGCGAGGUCACCUUCGCCUGGACCUGGUUCGCUAGGCUGUCCGGUGGGCCCGAAAUGUACAUGAACUGCGCGCCCAUCAAAGUCACUGGUGGCGCGUCCGACACGACUGAGUUCGACAAGCUGCCCGACAUGCUCAUUGCGAACAUUGCUGGCUAUACCGGCACUUCGGGCUCCACUGGCGAUACUGGCUCUUGUACUCAGGUCACAAGCACUGACCUCAAAUUCCCGAACCCCGGCUCCGUACUCACCACAGACUCCGGUGCGGACCUGAAGGCUCCCACUGGCUCUUGCGGCUCCUCCGGAAGCUCCGACGACUCUUCGUCUUCUUCUGGCGGCGCUGAGUCCUCUGCUGCCGCGGGUACGCCGGCCGCCUCUACGCCUGCGGCCUCCACCCCUGCGGCCUCCACUCCUGCGGCCCAGAACACGGGUGGCGUUUUCGCGCCUGGCGCCGCCAAUCCUUCGUCGACUAUGACCACACUCCUUACUGUGACUGCGAGCGGUGCUGGCACCCCCGCGGCCUCGACCCCUGCCGCCGUGGCUACGCCCGCGGCUGGUGGCUCUUCCUCUUCCAGCGGCGGCAGCAGCUCUUCUUCCUCCGGCAGCUCCUCGGGCACUUGCUCCUCCAACGGUGCGAUUGUCUGCAAUGGCACGUCCAAGUUUGGUCUCUGCAACAACGGCAAUGUCGUCUGGCAGGACGUCGCUGCCGGCACCCAGUGCAAGGACGGCGCCAUCACUAAGCGUGAGCUUCCUCAUGGCGGUCGCUACUUCAGGCCUCGUGGCUCCUAUCUUUAGGCGCUGAGCUCCUCUGGUUAGGACUCGCGUCAACUCGUCUGGUUAGACUUUUUUUCGUUCCGGUCUUGAUGAUCGAACUUCAUGACACCAUGACUACUGCAUACGACGGAGGGCCUUUUUCAUAGGCAUGAACAGGACUCGCUGUCAUGCUA